AACCGCUCUACCGCCCGAUUAAAAUGCCACAAAGCAACAAGCCCUUGAUUAAAAACAAUCCAUUAGAAAGUCCGGAUUCAGAUAAAGAUCAGCAACCUGAGAAACAACAGCCUACAAAUCCAAGAGAAUGGCCCGUAAGUCUAAAAGAAUAUGUACAGCGAAGUUUCAACGAGGCACCACAUAAUAUCGAUGCCAUAGAAAGAGAGCUGAAAAUAAUAAUUUCUAAUAAAAUGUCAGAGGGUUUGUUAUAUGAGACAGAUUGGACAAAAGUGGAUUUACCACAGAGUUGCAAGUCACCAAGGGAAAACGAGAAGCGAAAAAAUGCAUUCGCUGGUCAUUCUCCACCUGACCGUCAUUCAGCUGAUAGUGAUGAGUGUAGUGAAUCCCAAAAGAGGGAAAAACGUGCAAAGCGCUUUCAGGAACAUGAAAGAAUUAAUAGACCGCGUUGGGAGCCACCUGUUAAGCAACAAGAUGACAUAGAUGUAGAAAAAACAGUUGUGGUGGGGACUUGCACUCAAUUGGAAAAGUCAUAUUUACGUUUGACAGCCGCACCUGAUCCCUCAACAGUUAGACCUUUACGCAUAUUAAAGCGAACUCUUGAAUUUUUAAAAGCAAAAUGGGUUGAAGAUCAAAAUUACACGUAUAUUUGUGAUCAGUUUAAAUCCUUACGUCAGGAUUUAACGGUUCAACACAUCCAAAAUGAGUUUACCGUGAAAGUGUAUGAGACACAUGCUCGCAUUGCACUUGAAAAGAGCGAUUUAGGUGAGUAUAAUCAGUGUCAAACGCAACUAAAAGAACUUUAUAGAUUAAAUAUUCCAGGUUCAGUUAUGGAGUUUAUGGCAUAUAGACUACUUUACUUUUUAUAUACACGAAAUCGAUCAGACAUAAAUGCACUGAUUGCAGAACUUACUGACGAUAUGAAAAAUGAUGAGGCAAUUAAGCAUGCAUUAGAGGUUAGAUCAACUCUGGCUACGUCAAAUUUCCAUAAAUUCUUCCAAUUAUACUUAAAAGCACCUAACAUGGGAGCAUAUCUCAUGGACCAUUUUGUUGAAAGAGAACGAAUUUCCGCUCUGCAGAUGCUAUGUAAAUCAUUUCGUCCAAAUUUGGAACUUGAGUUCAUUUGCUCCGAAUUGGCUUUUAGCAAUAUGGAAGAAUGUGUUCAGUUUUUGACAGAGCACGAUGCCCGUACUUACAUUUCAGCUGAUAUGACUUUUGACACAAAAAACGCGUUGAAAUCGAUUGAAGCCUGCACCAAAAAAUUUGAAAAAGUUGACAUUAAGGGUCAAAUUUAA